UGAUGACUACAAAAGGGUUUUAGAAUGCAGCCACAUCCAAAUACUCAAGAAAUAUGUAUAGUGGGAUACAAAGGAGUGAAGUUAUGUAAUUGGCUAUCCUCGUCCUCUUAUUCCUUUGGUGAUCUAGUCCGCAUGAAAGUUUCAUCAUGUGAAAGAUUGCAGCAUCUCCCUCAAUUUGAUCCAUUUCCUAAUCUCAAGGUCCUUCAUCUUGAAGACUUGCCCUGUAUCGAGUACAUUGUAAGCAACAAUGAUUAUCCUUGUUCAUCCACUUUCUUUCCAUCCCUCGAGGUUUUAAUCAUUUCAGACACGCCUAAAUUGAGGGGAUGGUUGAAGAAGGGUCAAACCUCAACAAAUGAUUGUAUAUUUCCAUGCCUUUCUGAAUUGUAUGUUUUGGAUUGUCCUCUGUUUGCUUCGAUGGCAUGUCGUGCACCUUCCAAUUCAUUGGAAACAAUGGAUUCAAUACUAUACCAUAUUGACGUGGAAGGAUUAUUGGAUAUUGUACCAUUUAAAGUAAAUUUUCCAAGACGUCCCUCCGGUCUACACCUUUGGCUCAUUUCCGAAGGGGAGUUUUUGUCCAAUCAUCUGCAACGUGGGGCAAAUCUUCACCAAUUAUUUAUACAUUUCUGUCCAAAUCUAACGAGUCUACUAGAAUGGAUCGGCAACAUCACAUCACUCUCAAAAUUGGAGAUUAUGAAUGGUUCAGAUUUAGCGAGUCUACCGGAAUUAAUUGGCAACCUUCCUUCACUUGCAAAAUUGGGGAUUUAUUAUUGUCCAGAGCUAACUUCACUGCCAAAAGAGAUCAGCCACCUCCAGUGUUCAGUACAUUUGAAUAUUUUGCGCACAUAUCCGCGAGAAUCAAUUUUGUUCGAUGUUGCGGGGAGCCUUAUAAUGAAACUUGGCUCUCACGCAUUCAGAAGUCUGGGAUCCAUCUGGGGUCUCAAUGAUGAGCUUGACAAACUAGAAGACACCAUUUCCUCCAUUAAAGCCGUACUUCUCGAUGCAGAGGAGCAGCAGUCCAAGCGCCACGCGGUGAAGGUUUGGAUUUCAAGGCUUAAAGAUGCUCUCUACGAUGUUGAUGACUUGAUUGAUGAGUUCUCUUACGAAGCCUUAAGGACACAAGUUAAGGCCACGUGUGGAAGAAAGAACGCACAGGUACGCAUGUUCUUCUCCAAAUCAAAUCCUAUUGCAUUUGGUCUUCGAAUGGGUCACAAAAUAAAGGCAAUUAGGGAGAAAUUAAAGGAUAUUGAUGCUGAUCAAAAAAUAAACUUAAACUUUUUGGUGGCGAUGAUGAAUAUGCGAGAUGAUGGAAAUAGGAAGGAACGGGAGACUUACUCUUUUAUACCUGAAGGGGAAGUGAUUGGUAGGGCUGAUGAAAGGAAAGCAAUCAUAGAUCUUUUGUUGGAUACCAACUCUAAAGAGAAUAUUGGAGUGAUUGCCAUAGUUGGAAUUGGAGGAUUAGGAAAGACCACACUUGCUCAAUUUGUUUAUAACGAUGAGAAGAUAUCAAAACAUUUUGAGCUGAAACUGUGGGUGUGUGUUUCUGAACAAUUUGAUGUUAAAAUUGUUGCUGAAAAGAUUCUAGAGUCUGCUACAAAGAAGAGAUGUGAGCCCCUUGAGAUGGAUCCAUUGCAAAGUUCACUUCGAAAUGAAAUCGACGGUAAAAAAUAUCUACUCAUCAUGGAUGACGUGUGGAAUGAGAAUUAUGAAAAAUGGAUUAAUUUGAAAAGAUUGUUAGUGGGUGGUGCAACUGGGAGUAGGAUUUUGAUCACCACACGUGGUAAACAAGUUGCUGAAACAUUUGAUGUGUCUUCGUUAUAUUCUUUAGAAAAUCUAAAUGAAGAUGAUUCUUGGUUAUUGUUUACAAAAAUGGCAUCUUUGGAGGUAGUAGAAAAGGAGCCUGAGAAUUCAAAUUUUAUCAAAAUUGGCAAGGAGAUUGCGGCGAAGUUAAAAGGUGUUCCUCUUGCCAUAAGAAUUGUUGGACGACAUCUACAUUCCAAGAGAUCAGAAGUUGAUUGGUUGUCUUUCAAGGACAAUGAACUUUCAAAGGCUACACAUGAG